AUGCAUCCUGGACAUGUCGCAGAACCAGUUGCAGGUGUUGCAUGCAGAAGACUUUCAGGUCUCAAAUUUGGUCAGAAUGGCAUCCUGGACAUGUCGCAGAACAAGUUGCAGGACUUGCCUCCAAAGGUCUUUGACAGUCUUGAGCUCGACCGACUGAACCUACAAAACAACAAUCUUAUCCAACUACAUGCAGGAACCUUUCAAGGUCUCACCUUUGGUCGGUACUGUUCCAGAUGCAUCCUGGACAUGUCGCAGAACCAGUUGCAGGUGUUGCAUGCAGAAGCCUUUCAGGGUCUCAAAUUUGGUCAGAAUGGCAUCCUGGACAUGUCGCAGAACAAGUUGCAGGACUUGCCUCCAAAGGUCUUUGACAGUCUUGAGCUCGACUGA